CGCUCUUCUUCUUCCUCUUUCCGCUCUUUUAUCAGCCCCACUAAAAAAUCUGAUCCUAGAGAGAGGAAGGAGAGAGAGAGAGAGAGGAAACAAGCAAGAUUCCUUUUUGCAACACUGAGAGGGAUUGGUUGAUUUUGUGAUCUGGGUCAUUCCUGUAUUGGCUGGUCAUGGGGAAGGAUCCUAUUACGACUCGUGAAUCGAUUCGGCUGGAGAGGGUUCUAGAGUGAUGAAGAGGAGGAGGAGGAAAAGGGAACCUCAAUUGUGGAGUGAUAGAAUAUGUGAGAUUGUUGAUUAUUACCUUUCGCCGCAAAAACAACAAUUUAAGAAGGGAGAAUUGAUGGAGGAAAUGACCCCGGCAGUUGCUUUGCCAUUGGGGAUAAGCAACUCAGCGUGCGAAAACCCUAUGGAUAUUGCUUGUCUAAAGUUGAUGACCGAUACUGCGAGUAUGUUGAUGCCUGAUCCGGAAUCACAUACUUUAACCUCCGAGAGGAAUGACUCAUUGGGUGAAUCUGAGGAAGUGGAUGAUAUCGAGGUGAAAUCCUUACCCGAUGAUGAUGAUUCAGGGUCAGUUGCUUUGGAUUCGGUGAUGGGGAACCCGAUUGCAGGCAGUAGCAUUGAGCUUGUAGGACCUACAUUAAAUGCAUUGCCAUUGGCAAUUGUGGAGGAGCCAGAGGUUAAGGGAAAGAAGAGAAGUGUGUAUUUGUUGGAUUAUUUUCCUCUUUGGGGUUCAGUUUCUAUAUGUGGGAGGAGGCCAGAGAUGGAAGAUGCUGUGGUUGCGGUGCCUCGAUUCUGUGAAAUUCCAUUGAGGAUGGUAGCUGGUGAUCGGGUUGUAGAUGGAUUGGACCCAAGCUCAGUUCUUUUGCCUGCUCAUUUCUUUGGAGUCUAUGAUGGCCAUGGUGGCGCUCAGGUUGCUAACUACUGCAGCGAAAGGAUUCAUCUGGCGUUGAUUGAAGAGCUAGAAAAUGUGAAGGAAUGUUCGGAAGAAAUCAGUGGGGAUGGAUUGAAGAAGAAGUGGGAGAAGACAUUCAUUGAUUGUUUUCAGAAGGUCGAUGAUGAAGUGGGGGGAAAUGACUAUGGUGACCCUCCUUCCGAACCUAUUGCUCCGGAGACUGUUGGGUCUACUGCCGUGGUUGCAGUUAUCUGUUCUUCGCAUAUAAUUGUAGCCAAUUGCGGGGAUUCAAGGGCAGUGCUUUGCCGUGGUAAACUACCUGUAGCUCUAUCGGUGGAUCAUAAACCAAAUAGAGAAGAUGAGUAUGCGAGAAUUGAAGCAGCAGGAGGGAAAAUCAUACAAUGGAAUGGAUAUCGUGUAUUCGGUGUUCUUGCAAUGUCAAGGUCAAUUGGUGACAGAUACCUGAAACCAUGGAUAAUCCCAGAUCCGGAAGUCACCGUUGUUCCAAGAACCAAAGAUGACGACUGCCUAAUUCUAGCGAGCGAUGGGUUAUGGGAUGUAAUGUCGAAUGAAGAGGUUUGUGAUGCAGCAAGAAGAAGAAUUGCACUUUGGCACAAAAAGAACGGUAUUAUCGCAUCAGAUUCUAGUUUGCGAAAGGGUGAAGAGGCUGAUCCUGCUGCUCAAGCUGCUGCUGAGUAUUUAUCAAAACUUGCUCUUCAGAAAGGAAGCAAGGAUAACAUAAGUGUAGUUGUGAUUGAUCUGAAAGCACAGAGGAAGUUCAAGAGCAAAUCAUGACAGCUCUCAACUGUCAUAAAUUGGUACACACUAUAUUAGCACGUGUGCCAUUUUUUUCUCUCUUUUGUUAUAGAUCAAUAUGUCAUUGCGCCCUCCCAACUUUUUGCAAAGAAGAAAUGUGGGCAUCAAGGAUGUAGUUGAUAUGUUAUCCUAAGGUAAGGUGGGAAAAUGAUCUAGCCACGGUGUUGUAAUCUUAUUAGUUUGCAACGACCAAAUUGAUUUUGGUGUUGAAUUAUGGAAGGAUGCUAUGUUAUUUUUAUAACGAGGUAUCUGUCUGCAUCGUC